AUGGACGGCCACCCAAGUCCUAUAUCGUGCACCGAAGUCACGGCUCAGUGUCCUGUCCAGGCCUCCAUCUAUGGAUACUAUCCCAACCGCCCGACCAAUGCCGCCUUGACUGUAGCAUUCGGUAUCCUCAUGCUCAUCCAAGGAUGGCAGACGUUCAAAUACAAGACCUACAGCUACAGUUUUGCCAUGACCGUAGGCUGUCUAGGUGAAGCGAUCGGAUAUGUUGGUCGAAUUAUCCUCCACGAUAACCCCUUCUCUGCGACUGGAUUUCAGAUGCAGAUUACCACUCUGAUAAUGGCUCCGGCAUUCUUCAGCGCGGCUAUCUACUUGAUUCUCAAACAUCUCUGUCUCGCGCUGGGCCCGAACUUGUCCCUAAUCAAGCCUCGUUUUUAUACCUGGAUCUUCAUCGGCGUCGACAUUCUCUCACUUACUCUCCAGGGAAUCGGCGGCGGGCUGGCGGCUACUGCUCGCACCAACAAAGCUCAGCAGGACGCUGGAACGAACGUCAUGAUUGCUGGUAUAGUGUGGCAGGUAUUCACACUGACCGUUUUCGGCAUUCUGGUCGGUCACUUCUUCUGGCGUGUCAGGAGUGAAAAGAGACACAGUGCGAAUCCAGUCGCGAAGCAGCUAUGGGGCAGCAGGAAGUUCAAGCUGUUCCUCGGAAGUACCACGAUUGCUUUCUUUUUCAUAUUUAUCAGAUGCGUAUACAGAAUUGCUGAGAUGGUCGGUGGCUGGAGAAACGAGAUCAUGCAAGACGAGGUCUCUUUCAUUGUCCUCGAAUCAUUCCUGUGUCUCAUCGCUGCCAUACUAUUAACGGCAUUCCACGCUGGCGACUGCUUCCCUCAAAUGCGAGGGGACUUCGUGGCCACUAAAUAUGUUGAUUCGCUGCCUCUAUCCACCGACACGUCGUACGUUGCUGUUCACAAGCAGCCGCUGAUUAACAGGGAUGAUGCCUAA